UUUCAGCUACUGUUAGGAUGGAAAUAAUUGAAGAAAUUGGGUAAAUAUUGUAUGGUGGUGAUACUAACACUGAUGUAAAUGUUAGUAUUCUUAUGGGGCGUCGUUGUUGGCGCGGUUUUAAUGCUUUUCUUCAUUUAUGUACUGUUGUUCAAUCCCUUUGGUGAAAUCUCUUCACAUGCCAUAUUUGCUGAUCAGUUUCAGCCACUUCGCCUUCCUGAGGAACUGAGACAGUUCUUGAAGGAAGGGGAUGGUGGAAGCCGAACUUUCGAGUGGGAAUCAUGCUUCAAUCUGAGUCUUAUCCUUCACUUUUUGUUUCAAGAGCACAAGGAUACUCGCCGAUUAAGAAGGUGGAUCCACAAAAAGCUUCAAUUGGAACUUAGUGAUCUAACUACUCGAAAUACCGCUGGUCGUUUCAUACAGGACAUUCGUAUUAGGGAUUUAUCGAUUGGCUGCAGAUCUCCCGUGAUCAAAUCAGUACGUGUAGAGGACUAUGAGCUGUUGCGAGAUGAGAAUUUUAAAACACUAAAACUUCUUGUCGAUGUAGAUUACAGUGGAGGUUUUCAAAGUUCCGUUGAUGUUUGUAUGCUGUUUGGGCGAUUUGCGCAGCUAUCGAUCAAGCUUACUCGUCUUUCUGGCAAAAUCCGGUUGAAGCUGACUCGUGAGCCUUUUACUCAUUGGGUCUUUGCAUUUGUUGAUAUGCCGAUGUUGGAAUUCCAAAUUGACUCACAGUGGCAAGGCAAACAAGUGAAACACCUCAUACCUUUCAUCACACAAAAACUUAGACAUAUGGUUCAACGCAAGCAUGUCUGGCCAAACUACAAGAUUCGAUAUCGUCCUCUAUUUCCUAAUCCCUUAUAUCAACCUUCCCCAUCUAUAGGUGCUUUCGAAUAUAUUAAAACAACGGGUCUGUUAGAAGUUACGGUUUUACGAUGUACAAGACUGAACACUAUGCUGGUCAACAACGGAAAUUCUGAGGUUUUCUGUGUUGUAUCUGUAGAUCAUCGACCGCUAAUGGAGGAUGCAAGCAGAAGUUCAGCACGAUGCAUCACCGUAUUAUUGAACUUUAGUCGGCAUGGUAUUAGUGAGUCGAUUGGGAUGACAUUCUCGAAAGUAAAUCCCUUCUAAAAAUUUCCGCUUUAUGUAUUCUUUCUCUUAGUU